UUGGAGAGGAAGUGGGAAGGCUCCAAUCUGUUCCUCACACCGGCGCCCUCAUGCCCCCGCCCUUCUGUUCAGCGCGGGCCUUCGGCGCGCCGGCCCCCCGGCCCUCGGCCCGCGAGCGGGGCGGCCGGCGCGGGAGGGCUCGCGGAGACAGGCCGGGGCGAGCGGCCCACCUCCGGCCCGCAGCAGGGGCGCGAGGCCGCCCGCCCCCCGGCGAGCCAGGCCCGAGGGCGACCCCGGAGACUCAGGCGGCCGGAUGUGCGGGAACGUCAUUUCCGGGCGGUGCAGCGGCGGCCGCUUGGAAGAUGGCUGCGCCCUGUGGCUCGGAGCUGCCCGCCAACUCGCCGCUAAAAAUCCCGAAGAUGGAGGUCCUUUCCCCGGCUUCUCCUGGUGGCCUGAGCGACGGAAAUCCAUCGCUGUCCGACCCGUCCACGCCUCGGGAUGCCUCCCCGCUCGGGCCGGGCAGUGCGGCGGGCUCGGGGGCAGCGGCGUCCGGGGGUCUCGGGCUGGGGCUGGGGGGCCGCAGCGCCGCCUCGUCCUCGGUCUCCUUCUCUGGUGGCGGCGGCGGCGGGGCUGCGGCAGCCGCCGCCGCCGCCUGCCGGGGCAUGUCGUGGACGCCGGCCGAGACGAACGCGCUCAUCGCAGUGUGGGGCAACGAGCGGCUGGUGGAGGCGCGGUACCAGCAGCUGGAGGGAGCCGGCACGGUGUUCGGCAGCAAGGCCCCCGGGCCGGCCAUGUACGAGCGCGUGUCCCGGGCCCUGGCCGAGCUGGGCUACGAGCGGACCCCGUCCCAGUGCCGGGAGCGCAUCAAGCUGGUUCGAUGCCCCGAACUGAAUGCUGAGCUCCAGCUGUGGCCUCACCGGUGCUGAAUAGAGAGGAAGAGCCACCUUCAUAGCUUACAUGCAAUGAUUCUCCAAGAAAGCCAAAGCGAGGUUCUUGCUGGGUUUGGUACGGCUGUGAAAUGGGAAGGAAGGCCUCACUUUUCCUGGGCACUGGAGCAAUAUCUCAACCACAGGUGAGAGUAGGUUUCUAAGCUGGUUUAUUUAGGACUGUCAACACAUACAAUUAUCUAAUUCUAUGCCUUGGUUAAUCAUUUAGGAUAUAGAAAGUAUAACCUUUUCUGAUUUAUUAUGGGUGAUAAAAAUUGGAAGGUCUCCAUGAUCUUUUAUCCAUUUCUAAAAAUCCCUCUAGUUUAACUAAAUUCUAGUGUUACUUCGAGUGGCAGUCAAGCUGAUGUUUGAGUUCUUACUAUUUUUAUUUUAUGUCUUAGUUGAUAUGUCCUAUUUAAACAGCCUCUCCUUGGAUCUGUGGUCUUUACUGAACCCAGAAACUACCUCUUAUGUGGAUUUUUGUCCUGAGAGAGUUAAAAUCAAUUUGAAAAUCUUUUAAAUGUUAUUUCAAUACCUCAAAUUCCUAUCAUAUGGACUUAGAAGUUACCAUUUUUCUUCAGACCCCUACUAGUUAUUUUACAAAUCGGCAUAUCACACUAUUAAAGUGUAUUAUAAAAGUAUACUACAAAAUAAGAGGUGGCAAGAUCUGUUAGCCUUUCUUGAUGAAAUAUGAAAUACAUCAUCUAUUCUUCCUUCUCUAAAACCAUUAGAUAUUGCUAGUUUCCUUACUCACAAUUCCAUUAAGUGAAAUUAUAAGCUCAAUUUGGUGGUUUCAAGAAAGUAAAUUUUUUUCUGUGGUUUCCCACCAUGUAUAUUGUCAAAGCUAGGUGGCUUUGCUUAUGCCUGUGUCACAUCCUGAGAAGUAUGGCACCUUUCUUCAAAGAAACGUUAGUUUUAUUCCUUGACUUCUGAAAUAACCCUCAGUGGCAGAUCCAACUGGGUUCUUUUGUGCGCUGAGUGCUUUUCUCUAGGCAGUCAGUCAGCAGUGAGCAGUGGUGUGGUUUCCAUCUCCAUUUAUGGCCUUGGGAAGCCAAAAGGGACAUGGCCGGACUCUCCAUUUACGGUGCUUGGAGGAGUUGACAAGAGUGGUUGGGGUGUUCUUGCAGAAAGGAGACAUUGUGAGAUAAAAAUAAAUUGGCAGGAGAUGUUUGCAAUUCAAAUUCCAAUCCCUGCAGGGAGGGCAGAGGGCACUGGGAGAGCGGAGCCUGUGGGAAGUCAGAGGAGUUCUGCUGCGGGCCGUUGUCUCCUUCCAUUGGAAGGGCUGCCCGAGUCCAUUUCUGACUUGUUCUAGAAAGUUUUGUGUUAGGUGGUUGUGACUGUCCUUUACAGAGAGAAGAAGGACUACUUUUUAACGGUGUAGUAUCAGAAAUCUCAGUUCUUUAUGGCAUCAUUUGAGGCACCAGAAGAGAUCUCAAGAAAGGGGGAACGAGGCAGGUGCCCACGCAGGGGCAGGCUGGCUGGUUUUAGGACCAGAUGCCAAUCGCGGCUCUACUUGUGUCUGAGGAAGAUCAUUCAUGUCUUGCUUUAAUGAUUCCUUGUGCUAAUCUGGAUUUCUGACCUCAAGGGACAGAUCUGCAAAGUAUUUGACAGAGUGUCUUCUUAUAGUUUGUCAGCUAUGAUUUCAUUAUACUGACCUUUCAUGGAGCAUCUAUGAAGAUUACUAAGAGUUGUUUUAGUUUGGUGAGAAUAGGUGAUAUAUUGACUUAUGGAAAGUAAGCUCGCAUUGAGGAUAAAGGAGAAAUGUAUAUUCUGGCUAAUGGGUAUAAAUUAAGUCUGAGGUGAGCUGGUUUUGUGCUGUUGAGUUGGAAAGUAUUUGAAGUCACCAGGGCUUGUCUCUCAAGAAAAUUCUCAGGGUGAAACCCAGUAAAGCAGAAGGGAGAUUAGAAGGAACGAAGGGAGACAGAGAUGGAGUAGAGACUGACUGUAACUAAAAUUGGAAGCUUGGACUAAGUCCUCAAUUUGUCUCUUGAAAUACCACAUAAAAUAGCAUACGAUGUACUAUUAAACUGAGGAAACUGGGCUAAUCGUCAGAAAUAAUGCGCUAGAAGACCACGAAGAACAUUGAAGUGUUGUGCAAGAUAAUAAAUUACCCAGGUUUCAUCUGUGGACUUGCAUAAUGGUAUUUAUUUGCUCUGUGCCACGAGGCAGAAGAAGAAAAACACCCCUCCACCUCACUCCCCCAAGAGAAGAAAUGAUUGGCCUCAUCUGUUGCUUUGUUUAGCUGGCAGUCGGAGUUGGUAGGAUAGACUAGUAUCCUUGGCUGAUCUUGAGAUGUAAGGUAUUAGGUAUUGUUUCUUGACAAUUGAGGUUUGAGACUGGGAGUCUGUAGUGUUACUGAUGGAUCUCUUUCAAAUUUUAGCAACUUCCCCAAAGACAGAGUGAGUUAGUAAGGAAUAUGGGCUAUGUAAGUAAUAUGUUUUAUUAGCUAGUUUGUUUGAGCAAUUGUUUUUACCCUGUAUUCCUUCUUAAUCAAGAGUAAGGAUGGUUAUCUUUACUUUGGGAAAUUCUUCUUUCUGUCCUCCCUUCCCUCACUUUUUCCAAAUUCUGGGCACAAUAGCAGCUCCUUCUCUUCUGUGGCAGGUGUGCAUCCUAUUGGCUGGCUGGUAUUUCUUGUUUUCUUUUUUUUUUUUCUUAUUCUUUUUAAAUGGGGGUGGGGGUAUAAAAUAUGUGUAUGGGGUACAUGCAAUAAUGUUGUAAUGUUUUUUUGUUGUUUAAUGAAUAAUUAAUUGCAAAAUAAUUGUUUGAAUUAUAAUGUUUGAGUAAAUGCUAAAUUAGUUUUUUUCUAAUAUAAUAAUGAAUUUGAAAUCUAGCAUUCCUGUAACAAUGUGUCUGUGUUUGUCUGUCUGUGUCUGUCUAAUAGUCAUUAAUAUCUGUGGUCCGUACCUGGAAGAGGAAGUACAGCUUUAAAGGAAUAACAAAAGACUUUGUGUCUUAGACCCUUCGCAGGUGUUACAGUCGGGUGAAAGAACAUGGUGUUGGGAAAAGAAAGAGCAGUUACACAUUUGAACAGUUGGAACAGGUGUUUGGUCAGGGAGGAUGGGAUGCUCAGCCCUGCCAGCCUGUACUUAUUAACAGUAGUGGCUUGUACCAGGAGCUGGAGU